CCCGGGCGGCCCGAGAUGUCGCCGUGUGGGCCCGGGCGGUACUUCUGCACGGCGGGCCGGGGGCUGGAGCCCUUCCUCGCUCGGGAGGUGCGGGCGCGGCUCGGCGCCACGGAGGUGGACUGCGUCUCGGGAAAGGUGUUUUUCAGCGCGGCGGCGGGGCCGGGCGAGCUGAGGAAGCUGCGGUCGGGGGAGCGGCUGUUCCUGCUGCUGAAGAAGCACAGCCCGCUGACAGUGUCUGGGAGCAAAGGGAAAAUGCUGCAUGAGAUUAAAAGCCUUGUGAUUGAGGAACCGAAAUAUUGGUUGGAUAUUAUCUCUGUUUGGAGAAACCUUCAUGGAUAUGAGGGGAAAAAAGGUGAUGCCGCUCGAGAAAACCCAUUGGCUCUGAAGAGAAAGUCAGAGGAAGAGACAAAUUCUGCAAGUAAAAGGCAGAAAACAGAACACGAGAGAGAGGUGAUGUCUGAGGAAUGUCAGGUGGAAGCUGGAGAGAGGUGUGUGAUGCCAGAGAGAAUCAGUGAUCAGGAGUGUUGGACUGAGAGCAACACUUCCUCAGAAGAUCCUUCCAAAGACAGUAGAGAGAAUCAUACUGCAAAUGAACAGCUUAGCUUCAGCUUCAGAGUGUCUUGUCGUUGCAGUGGAGCAAUUGCCAAAAAACUGACUUCACAGGAAAUCGGAAGAGCCGUUGGCAUAGCGCUCAUGAAGCAGUGUGGGUGGCGUGCUGAUCUGCGGGACCCUGACCUAGAGAUCUUUGUACAUCUUAAUGACAUUCACUCUGUGGUGGGGAUUCCUCUUUUCAGGUUUCCAUUGGCAAACAGAGAGUAUAUCAAAACAGCGGGACUGCGGUCAACAGUCGCGUGGGCCAUGGCAUCUCUGGCUGAAAUCCGCGCUGGUGCCUUUGUGCUGGAUCCCAUGUGUGGGCUGGGAACGAUACUGCUGGAGGCUGCCAGAGAGUGGCCUGUAAGU